AUGGCUUGGCUGCGGCUGCAAACUGCUGCCGCCGUCCUCGCUCUGACGGCCAUCGCCGGCGCCGCAUGCAGCUUUGAGUUCCACGAGGCCACCAUUGACGCCAUCCAGCUCGGCUUCCGCAACGGCAGCCUCACCUCGGCCGCCCUCGUCCGGUUCUACCUGGACCAGAUCAGCCGCCUCAACCCGCUGUUGCACGCCGUCAUCGAGGUCAACCCGGACGCGCUCUUGCAGGCGGCUUGCACCGACGCCGAGCGCGGCCGCGGCCAGCCCACCGGCGCCCUGCACGGCGUCCCCGUCCUGCUCAAGGACAACAUCGCCACCCGCGACGCGCUCAACACCACGGCCGGCUCCUUGGCGCUCCUCGGCUCCGUGGUGAGGCGGGACGCCGGCGUGGGGGCCCGGCUGCGGCGCGCGGGCGCCGUGGUGCUCGGCAAGUCUAACCCCUCCGAGUGGUCCGAGUUCCACCAAGUCGACAACGGGUGGAGCGCGCGCGGCGGCCAGACGCGGAACCCGUACGUGUUGUCGUCCGACCCAUGCGGGUCGAGCGCCGGGUCGGGCGUCGCUGCGGCGGCGAACAUGGCGGCCGUGACGCUGAGCACCGACACCGACGGCUCCAUCCUCUGCCCGUCGUCGUUCAACUCCGUGGUCGGGAUCAGGCCGACCCUCGGGCUCACCAGCCGCGCCGGCGUCGUGCCCAUCACCCCGUUGCAGGACACGGUCGGGCCGAUUUGCCGGACGGUGUCGGACGCGGUGCACGUGCUGGACGCCAUCGUCGGCUACGACGAGCUCGAUGCCGCGGCCACCGGAGUGGCGUCCAAGUUCAUCCCUCCCAGCGGGUACGUUCAGUUCCUGAAGAAGGACGGGCUGAGAGGAAAGAGGGUCGGCGUCCUCCGUGGAUUCUUCCAAUCAUAUGCAGGCACGAGGCGACUGAGGGUGUACGAGCAGCACCUCGCCACCAUGAGGAAACAUGGGGCCGUGGUGGUCGAUAACCUGCGUGUCGCGGCCAAUCCGACGGCUCUGUUGGAUGAUAUCAGCUCCAACGAGGGGAUCGCAGUGGUGGCAGAGUUCAAGCUCAGCAUAAACGCCUACUUGGCAGACUUGGUCUACUCCCCGGUCCAUUCGCUUGCGGACAUCAUAGCUUUCAACAACGCACAUCCUAUACAGGAGCGGAUGAAAGAUUUGGGCAGGAUGACCUUAUCGCAGCCCAAAACACAAGUGGCAUUGGCCCCGUGGAAAGAGUGGCGAUACGACGGCUAA